UGGACCAUGAACACCAGGACUGGCAGUCGCCGUCCUCCCUUCUUUCAGAUGUUCCCGCAAACAAGCAUGAACUAUGGCUCUUCUGAGAAAAAUCAAUGGGCUCCUCCUGGUGUUACUGGUGCUGAUGCUGUGUCUCCUCCUGCACAGCGCGCUACUCAGAGCCUCCAUCCGCCGCACACCUUCAGGUCACUGGAGGAAUCUUGGUGUAGCUAGACAGCCAGAGGUGGAUGACGUCAUCCCCGUUGUCGUCUGCGCGUCGGAGGAGCGCGUGGGCGCGACCAUGGCGACCAUCAACAGCGUUCGCAGCAACACGGACCAGCCUGUGUUCUUUUAUAUUGUCACCCUGCGGGAUGCCGUCACAUUGACCAGGCGUUACAUAGAGGAAACGCAGCUGAAAGGCACCAAAUAUAAGAUUUUGGAAUUUAAUCCCAUGGUUCUAAGAGGGAAGGUGAAACCAGACUCAUCCAGACCAGAUCUGCUCCAUCCCCUUAAUUUUGUGCGCUUUUACCUACCGCUGCUUGGAAUUAACCAUAAGAGGGUGAUAUACUUAGAUGAUGAUGUCAUCGUGCAGGGUGACAUCAGGGAUCUGUUCAGGGUCAAAAUGAAGCCCGAACACGCCGCUGCUUUCGCCACUGACUGCGACCUGCCCUCCACUCAUGAGAUGGUGCGCAGUAUCGGCAUGCAGACAACCUAUAUGGGCUUCCUGGACUACAGAAAAGAGGAAGUGAAAGACCUCGGCAUCAACCCGAAUGACUGCUCUUUCAACCCUGGUGUGUUUGUGGCCGAUUUAAGUGAGUGGAAAAAACAGAAGAUCACCAAGCACCUCGAGAAAUGGAUGGAGGCCAAUUUUAGGCUAAACAUCUACAGCAGCGCCAUGGCCGGAGGUGUGGCCACUCCGCCCAUGUUGAUAGUAUUUCAUGACAAGUACACAAAGCUGGACCCACUGUGGAACGUCAGACAUCUUGGUUGGAGUCCAGAUGCUCGCUAUUCAGAGAGCUUCCUGCAGGAGGCACACCUGCUGCACUGGAAUGGCCCAUUCAAACCAUGGAGGUACCCUGCUGUUCACAUGGCUCAUUGGGAGAAAUGGUUCAUCCCCGAUCCUUGUGGGGAGUUUUCUUUGAUAAGACCAGAGAGCGAUGAAUGAUAAAACUUGUGGAACUAGCGGGCCGCUUGUUACAGUGACUUUAUGAACAUAAAUGUAUAAUCACAUUGGAACCAAUUCGGUACCAAUUCCACAUACCUGGGAAUCGAUACCAGUACUCAAUGGUACCAAGGUGUUAAUAAAUGUGAUUUGUUUAAUAACAAAAUCUUUAUUUAACUGACAAUGAUAAAUGUAUAAUGCAUUUUAAUUUAGGCAAUGCAAGUAUGCAUUCAUUUCAGGUUUUUCUAUCCAGGAAGUAGUCUUAGCCAAUAAGUUGAAUUUGCCAGAGUUGUCUUUUGUUGAGCCCUACAAAGUGCUUGUACUGUGAGUAUUGUAUUUGUUACACAUGUGCAUCUUAGUUGUAGUUUUGAUGACCAAAUGUCCAAUGUAAAAUUGCUAAUGCUAAUCAGUAGCAUGUACUGUAUAUGGCAUAUCUAAUGAAUUAAUUAAGGGCCUGACCUCUGAGGGCUUUUUUGUCAGGCAACAAAAGUAUGGAACUAAGGCACUGUUACAUUCUAAGUAAAUCGGUACCCGGUGCUACUAAUGGAAUUUGGUUGGUACCUAUAAAAAUACAGAACUCUGUACUAAUCCCUCCUCAUAAUAUUAUUACACAACUGCCUAUGUAUUUGAUUAUUGUAUUUAAAAAAAAAAAAUGUUUACAUACAAUUUGAUGGAUAACUUGCUUUCAAAUUCUAAGUCAAGCAGAUAUUUAAUUUAUUUUUAUUCUAACAAAAAAAAUUGAGCUAGUGUAUCUGUUUACAUACAUUUAAUUUGUGUUGUAUUACAUUUAAUUUGUGUUGCAUCUCACAGAUAAAUGAUUUUGUAUCUAAUGUAAGUUAUAAUUGUCUUGCUUUAGUUCUUUACG